AUGACUCAAGAACAACAAAGCGAAUAUCUGGUGGUCAAAGGGGAAGAAAUCACUCUUCAGGGGAAGCCGAUUCUACUUAAAGGCGCUGGCUUAGGAGGAUGGAUGAACAUGGAAAACUUCAUCACUGGGUAUCCUGGACAUGAAUUUCAAGCUAGAGCAGCAAUCAAGAAAGCCAUUGGGCAGGAGAAAUACGAGUUCUUCUUCGACAAGUUUCUGGAGCACUUUUUCGGCGAAGACGAUGCCAAGUUCUUCGCGUCCCUCGGACUAAAUUGCAUUCGUUUGCCGGUAAAUUAUCGACACUUUGAAGAUGAUAUGAAUCCUCGUGUUUUUAAAGAGGAGGGCUUGAAACAUCUGGACAGGGUGAUCAAUCUGUGCGCCAAACAUGGUAUUUACACUGUCAUUGAUCUUCAUGCCGCACCUGGUGGUCAAAACAUCGAUUGGCAUGCCGACGCAGGUAACCACCAAGCAUUAUUUUGGGAGCACAAGGAUUUCCAAGAUCGAACAAUCUUGAUUUGGGAACAUCUUGCACGUCACUACAAAGACAAUACCUGGGUUGCCGGAUACAAUCCUUUGAACGAACCGACUGACUCAGAACAUACUCGUCUGCUGGACUUCUACGUGAGAGCGGAGAGGGCUAUCAGGGCUAUCGAUCCUUACCACAUUCUGUUUCUUGAUGGGAAUACAUUCGGUGCAGACUUCAGUCAUUUCGGUGAUCCCCUCCCCAACUCUGUUUAUGCAUGUCAUGAUUAUUCAAGAUAUGGCUUCCCUAACCCUCCUGCAGACUUUGUUGGCUCUCCUGAACAAGUGGCUUACCACGAGCGGUCCUUCAAUCGAAAAGUAGAAUACAUGAAACGGAUCAAGGGUCCAAUCUGGAACGGAGAAUUCGGUCCAGUGUACCAGAACGCCCACGAUGGGCUACCCGAUUGGAAAGAAAUCAACGAGAGACGGUAUAAUGUACUGGAAUGCCAGCUCGAUAUUUAUGCCAAAAGUCGAGCUAGUUGGUCAAUCUGGUUAUACAAAGAUAUUGGCUUCCAGGGCAUGGUGUAUGUCGGGGAAGAGACACCUUAUAUGACGCGGCUCAAACCAUUCCUCGAGAAGAAGAAGAAACUCGCGGCUGAUGAGUGGGGAUGUGAUGAUGUCCCGGUCCGUGACGUCUUCGAUCCACUCGAGAAAUGGUUCCUUGAUGCUGUCCCAUCUUUGGCUCAUCGAUAUCCACAAACCUGGAAGCCAGCUACGCACAUCGGCCGACUCGUACGGAACAUCCUGCUUUCUGAAGAGUUGUGUCACGAAUUUGGCAAGUACUUCGAAGGGCUGGACUUUGAUGAGCUGGAAGCUUUAGCCAAAAGUUUCUCUUUCGAGAACUGCAAGCAAAGGACCAAGCUGAACGACAUCCUUACGGCCGACUCGAAACGGACCGAUUGA